GGAUAAGAAAGAUGAGAAUCAAGAAACGAUACCUUGUUUCAAUGCUAAGCUCAGGGCUGCCAGCGAUCAGAGCUACAAACAAAUUUGCCAAGCACAGAUGGUUCUUCAUGCAGAAUCCCGUUGUUGAGCAAGCUUUAGCGAUUUUCAUGCUCCAACUCUCAGUCGUCGUUAUGCUUCCUAUUCCCUUCAGCACCCAGCUUCCUGCCAUCUGCAUGGCUCUGAUUGCUCUUGGCAUUGCUGAAUUAGACGGUUUGUUUGUUGUGACUGGCCUUGUCCUCUCGGUCCUGGCAGAGAUUCUUGUGUUUGCAAUUCUCCGAACCAUGGCCUCCUUCCUCCUGUCCACCUUCGGCUUCAGGAGCAGUGUGCCCGUACCUCCUCCCCCCUCAGAUCCGAACUUUAGUCCUGUCUUACGUCUUGAUUGAUGCCCUCCGACAAAUACAUGUUGAUUUG